UGGGUAAAAAGCCCCCGGGAUCUGUCGAGAUCGAGAGACGUGGGGCAGAUCGCUGUCCAUCGUCCCUUGUGUUUUUCCCGUGUGAGGGAAGGAGAGAAAUCUGAGGAGGGCAAGAAAAUGUGGUGGAUGAUGAGCGAGACUGGUGGGCAUUACUGCAACAAGAAGAGCGAUGAUAUUUGCGCCGACAUCUGUGGCCAGGACUCAGAUCGAGCUUUGAGCUUGUCGAGACUGCGUUGCAUGCUGCGAGGCUUGGAUUUGAAGACGCUCUUGCUGCUGUUCAUUCUUAUCCCGACAUGUAUUCUCGGUAUCUAUAUACAUGGGCAGAAGAUUUCGUACUUCCUGCGGCCGUUAUGGGAGUCGCCGCCCAAACCGUUCAACGACAUACCGCAUUACUACCACGAGAACGUGUCCAUGGAGAACCUCUGCAAGCUCCACGGUUGGGGGAUUCGGGAGUUCCCGAGACGCGUCUAUGAUGCUGUGUUGUUCAGCAAUGAGCUGGACCUCCUCACUAUUAGGUGGAAAGAGCUGUACCCUUAUAUAACACAGUUUGUUCUCCUCGAAUCGAAUUCAACCUUCACUGGAUUCCCAAAACCUCUGGUUUUUUCCGCCAACAAAGAUCAGUUCAAAUUUGUGGAGCCUCGAUUGACUUACGGUAAUAUCGCAGGGAGAUUUAAGAAGGGGGAGAACCCAUUCGUCGAGGAAGCUUAUCAAAGAGUCAUGUUGGAUCGGCUCCUUAAGCUUGCUGGCAUAACUGAUGAUGAUUUGUUGAUAAUGUCGGACGUGGAUGAGAUUCCGAGCAGACACACUAUCAAUCUCUUGCGGUGGUGCGAUGAGAUCCCGCCUAUUCUGCAUCUUCGGCUUAAGAAUUAUCUCUAUUCGUUCGAAUUCCUAGUUGAUAAUAAUAGCUGGAGAGCGUCGGUGCAUAGGUAUCAAUCUGGCAAGACGAAAUAUGCGCACUAUCGUCAGACGGAUGACAUCUUGGCAGAUGCUGGGUGGCAUUGCAGCUUUUGCUUCCGCCACAUCUCCGAGUUCAUAUUCAAGAUGAAGGCCUACAGCCACUUCGAUAGAGUGAGGUUCCCCCACUUUUUGAACCCGAAGAGAGUUCAGAGAGUGAUAUGCAAGGGGGCUGAUCUUUUCGAUAUGCUUCCAGAGGAGUACACGUUCAAGGAGAUCAUUGGGAAGAUGGGACCUGUUCCGCAUUCCUUCUCGGCCGUUCACCUUCCUUCAUAUCUCCUGGAAAAUGCCGACAAGUACAAAUUUCUUUUGCCGGGAAAUUGCCAGAGAGAAAGUGGCUGACAUUUUCAUACUGCGUGUGAGCUCUAUGAAGGCUUCAGGCACAGCUUUAUUGACUCCUCAUCAGGAGUUCACUGGACGAGUUCAUCGUCAUGGCAUGUCGCUGAUGUAGCUGCUCUGGAUGUCCAGCUGAGAUAUCAUUGUUCCGGGAUUUUUGAGACCAUCUUGGACAUUUAGGUGAGGCUUUGUACAUAAUCUUUUUCCGGAGUUGGAGGAGUAAUGGUUGCUGGGAGGAGGGCUUGUUAGCCAUGGUGGGAAUUGAUGAAACUUGUUGGCGAUUGUAUUUUUACUUAGGCGUUGGUAUCACAUGUUUUGCCUUGUAUACCAACUGAUAUUGCUUCUGUUUUGAGACAAAUUUAUGCGUAAAUGUCCGUCUUGACGAAUUUCAUUUGUACCAUCUGAUUGCCAUUAUUUAUCUAGUGUUCAUAGAGCUAACGCCAUUGCUUUC